ACACGGUUCCUCUCUGACCACUCCUCUCCUCUCCUCUCCUCUCCUCUCGCCGGCGCAUCGCCCGACUGUCAGUCAGCCUCAGCCAUGGCCGCGGAGGAGGAGCAGGGCUUCCGCCCGCUGGACGAGGCGUCCCUGCUCGCCUACAUCAAGGCCACGCCGGCGCUCGCCUCCCGCCUCGGCGGCGGUGGCAGUCUAGACUCCAUCGAGAUCAAGGAGGUCGGCGACGGCAACCUCAACUUCGUCUACAUCGUGCAGUCCGAGGCCGGCGCCAUCGUCGUCAAGCAGGCGCUCCCGUACGUGCGCUGCGUGGGGGACUCGUGGCCCAUGACGCGGGAGCGCGCCUACUUCGAGGCCUCCACGCUGCGGGAGCACGGCCGCCUGUGCCCGGAGCACACCCCCGAGGUGUACCACUUCGACCGGACCUUGUCGCUGAUGGGGAUGCGCUACAUCGAGCCCCCGCACAUCAUCCUCCGGAAGGGCCUCGUCGCCGGUGUCGAGUACCCGCUGCUCGCCGACCACAUGUCCGAUUACAUGGCCAAGACGCUCUUCUUCACCUCCCUCCUCUAUAACAAUACCACGGAUCAUAAGAACGGAGUUGCUAAGUACUCUGCGAACGUGGAGAUGUGUAGGCUCACGGAGCAAGUUGUGUUCUCGGACCCAUACCGUGUUUCCAAAUUUAAUCGGUGGACCUCGCCUUAUCUCGACAAAGAUGCUGAGGCAGUUCGCGAGGAUGAUGAGCUCAAGUUGGAAGUAGCUGGGCUGAAAUCGAUGUUUAUCGAGAGAGCUCAAGCUCUGAUUCAUGGAGAUCUCCACACUGGUUCUAUCAUGGUGACCGAAGGUUCAACUCAAGUCAUUGAUCCAGAAUUUGGGUUCUAUGGGCCAAUGGGUUUUGAUAUUGGAGCCUUCCUUGGAAACCUGAUUUUGGCAUACUAUGCACAGAAUGGGCAUGCUGAUCAAGCGAAUGAUCGUAAGGCUUACAAGAAAUGGAUCUUGAAGACAAUUGAAGAGUCGUGGAAUUUGUUCCAGAAAAAGUUUGUUGAACUAUGGAAUAAACACAAAGAAAGCAAUGGGGAGGCAUACCUGCCUGAUAUAUACAACAAGCCAAAGCUUUUGAGCGUUGUUCAGAAGAAGUACAUGACAAACCUAUUUCAUGAUAGCCUUGGGUUUGGUUCAGCCAAAAUGAUCAGGAGAAUAGUCGGAAUCGCUCACGUAGAGGAUCUCGAGUCAAUCAAGGAUGCCAGCAAGAGAGCAGAGUGCGAGCGUGCUGCCCUCAACUGUGCGAAGACGAUCCUCAAGGGAAGACACCAGUUUGAGACGAUCGAGCAAGUCGUCGAGCAUAUUCAGUCAUUCGAUCAGGACUGAGAAGACGACAGUCUAUUUGUGCGCUGAAGCCUGAAGGAGCCAUACUCUCGUCAAUUAACCCACGCAUGCCCGAGUAUCGAUGAAUCGUCUGUUUUGUAGUGAUGAAGCGCCCGGUUGUUUGUGAUCUCUGUAUUGGUUGCUAGGUGAGAAAAGUAUGUGGUCUCCUGGCUUGAACUGUGUGUACACUAUUAUUCCGGGCCGGCAUAGCGAGCAGCUGAAUAAUGAAAUGUACGGGUCCUCAGUGACCAUCUCAGUGCAUAUAAACACGUGUGUUACCAAUAAAUUUUGUUAUGGUGCUGGUGGUUCUAUGG